AAGCUCGGCAAAGCGAGGUGGGCCUCUGUGCACCGGAGUCCUUUUCAAUCCCUUUCAGGCUUUCUUGUUUCAAGCUCGCCCCUCAAUCCCCAUCAAACAUGGCACCCAAGAAGAUUGAACCAAAGAAACCAGAGCCCAAAAAGCCAGAACCCAAGACUCUCGCCUCCAAGCCGACUCCCGAGCCGCUGCCCGACCUACCAAAGGAACCCGACUUCGACCCCAAGAGCAUCACUCUCGAAUUCACCAACGAUCAAAUCGAGGAGUUCAAAGAGGCCUUCACCUUGUUCGACCGAACCCCGAAAGGUGAAAUGAAGAUCACGUACGGCCAGUGCGGGGAUGUGAUGCGAGCCCUCGGCCGGAACCCGACCAAUGCCGACGUCCUCAAGGUGCUGGGGAAGCCGCGGCCGGAGGAAAUGAGCUCCAAGAUGGUGGACUUUGAGACCUUCUUGCCCAUGCUGCAGCACAUUUCCCGCGCUAAAGACCAGGGCAACUUCGAGGACUUUGUGGAGGGCCUCAGGGUGUUUGACAAGGAGGGUAACGGCACCAUCAUGGGGGCCGAGCUGCGCCACGUCCUGGCGACGCUCGGGGAGAGGAUGACGGAGGACGAGGUGGACAGACUCAUGGCCGGGCAGGAGGACGCCAACGGGUGUAUCAACUACUCCUCCUUUGUGAAGCAUAUCCUCUCCGGAUGAACAGGACGCUUCAUCAGAAAGACUUCUCCUAAUUCCCAUCACUUUAUGGACUCUUAAUUUAGCAUUUGUCCUGUUACCCCGCCUUCCUGUUGGGGCAAUGAAACACUCUGGGCACCCGUGUUAAUAAAGGGAAUUUCAUCA